AUGUCGAGCUGCAUCGAAGACAGCGAGGAAUACAUUCCUUCCUACGUAGCUAGAGCAGUCCGCAGCCUAGAGCUCGACGCACAGGAGCAGUUCACCGACUUCAGAAACGGUGGCAUGUGUGCUCUACCAGGCGAGGAGCAACCCAUGUCCGGCCAGCAAGUCUCCUUUGGCAAACGCCUAGGCAAAAUGCUGCUCGAAGAGGGUUUAAAGUGCAACCUCAAGGAGCUCGUGGAAAAAAUCGACCGGAAGCCAACUCAGGAACAAGCAGAUGCGCUUGAGAAGGCAGCGGAAGUCGCGGCAUGCAACGUACGGCAAGCUUUGGCAGCUGAGUUCGGGAGCUCCAUAUUACAGAGGGACAAGGGUAACUCAAUCUACUGCGGCCUGCUGAGUGUCAUCACGGAGCAACUCGAGCUGCAAGACGUCGAUUUCCCCAAAAUAUGCAGCCAAGGGCUACCUUUAGGGAUCGAUGUUGAGAUACCCCACUCAAGCCUCUACCCUCGCUACAAGCCCAAGAAACAAAGUCUCUACGAGAUUCCUAGGGUCCAUUCCAAUUACAAGUCGAUGUUGAUCCCUGAAGUGAGGGAGAAGGCCGACUGCAUCGUCAGAGAAGAGGAAGCGAAAGGAUAUAUCCAGCGCAUCGACAAUUCGAGUUUAGCGUCGGGUGGGCGAACUUAUAUCCGCCGAGCGGCCGUACCGAAGGCAGGCUCCUACGAAAACGGCGUGCGAAUCGUCGAGGAUUUCAAACGGAGCAACACCAACCUGCACUCGUCGAUCCCGAAUACGGCACGCUUGCCAUCGGUUUCGCAUUUGCGACAGUUGGUGGGCUCUCUGACUGCACCGCACAGUCAGUCCACCUCCAGCUACAAGAUCUUGCAGUUUGAUUUGAAAUCUGCCUACCGCCACCUCGGUAUACAUCCCGAGGAAAGGAAGAAUGCCUCCUUUACUCACACCUUCCAGGACGGAAACACCGUCGCCUAUGAGAAUAUGGUUUUAUCCUUUGGCCAUAGUGCGGCCGCGUAUUGGUUUGUCCGCUACGCCAGCCUGGUCUUGUCCUGCCUGGAACUCAUACUGCGCGCCAUGUUCUCCUCGACGAGCUCAAAGCCAUUCGCCUGCUAUAUGUACGUUGACGACGGUUUUCUCUGCGUGCGAAUUGAGAUCUACACUGAAGUUGCCAUCAUAGUAAUAGUAUUUUGGCUUCUUCUCGGUUCCGCCCUGAGCUGUAAUAAGCUCCGGUGCAACUCAUCGGAUGGCACUGUCGUGGGUAUCCGCGUUGACACCAAAGAUCACCCUCGAUUCGAGAUCGAUCCCUCUAAGACAGGGAAAUUACUAGAGGACUUACGCAAGGUCGUCCGUGCAGGAAGAGUGUCGGAACAGGAGCUAUCGUCUCUGGCCGGGAAGCUCAACCGAUACGCAUCUUUGCGCAAGUAUCUGAAGCCCUACCUACAGCCCUUCUACGGCCUUUUAGCCGUAAUGCGAAAAGUCGGCCGAGUCACAGGAUCCUGUCCACCUGGGAGUGAAGUGCACAUCACCGCGAGAUUCUUCAUAAAAAUUCUAACCGACCCCCAUGCCUUCCACUCAGUGGGCCCGAUUCGUAGGUCGAUUGAUGGCUUCUCCGGUACGCUGCUAUUAUUCACCGACGCUUCAACUCGGGCCUUGGGAGGGGUCAUAGCACUUCGUGACGGCUGCUCUGAUAACUUCACUAAGCCCGAGAAGUCCCAGCGCACAAUUUGGUUCCACAAAAAAAAUCGAUGA